AUGAUGGCUGCCAAUGAAGAAGGACCGGAACUCAAGAUCCAUGAAGAAAAUCUGUCGUGUAUCACGAUGACGAAGAAUCCAGUGAAUCAUGGCCGCGCCAAGCACAUUGACAUCAAGUAUCAUCACAUCCGUGAUGAGGUCAAGCGCGGUGAAGUGAAGCUCAAGUACUGUGAAACUGCGGUGAUGUUAGCGGACAUCACGACGAAGGGAAUUCACGGGCCACGCCACAAGGAGAUGACGACGGCUCUCGGCAUUCGUGCGUGUUCGCAUUGA